AUGGACGGUCCAUGGGAGCUGCGUCGCAGCGAAGGCAGGCGACCAAGACCGCGCGAAGGCGUCCCACCGAUCAACGUCUCAUAUGAUCCAAACGCCCCCGCCAGAGCCGAUGAUUCUAACCUAAACGAACUAGCCUCAUUCUUACAUUCUCUUUCUACACUGGACAAGCUACGAAAUAACAAGCCUAUUCGUUGCAAUCGCAAGAAGCGCGGUACUCCAAUUUCACUGCGCGCUAAUCUGUUCAAGCUCGACUAUCCUGAGGAUCUAGUUCUUUACGAUUAUACUGUACGGAUUGAACCCAGGGUUCGGGCGGAAGACAACGAAAUGCGUAAAACGUUGUUCUUCCUGUUUGAGCAAUCUGAAGCGGUUGCUCCGUUCAUUCAUUGCAUAGCGCACGAUGGUGCUAGUCGGCUCAUUGCGGGAAGAGCUCUGCCGCCAAACUUUACCACUACCAUCGUCCUCUUUGAAGACGAGGGCAGCUUGCAACCGGCGGUGAUAGAGAAAGAAUAUAUUUUCCGACUCGUAGGUCCCAGACAGUUGAGAUGUGCAGAUCUAAAUCGGUGUCUUCGAGAAGGUUGCUGUCAUGACUCUCCUCAGCCUAUCAUCUCGGCUUUCAAUCUGCUCUUAGCGUCGCAUGCGGCUCAGGCUGGGGUUCGUACUAGAAGACACAAUUACGCUUUCUUGCCAAGUUCGUUCCGACCUCUCGAGGCCCCAGUGCUUCUCAGCGCCAAUCUUGAGGCGUGCAAGGCUUUCUCCGCAACAAGCAUCACAAUAAGUCACAGCCUGGCAAUCAACAUGAACCAGAGCAAGAGUGCAAUUUACGUACCCUACAAUCGUCUUAGUGAUGCCUUUAUUGCCUUGGUCUUGCAAAUGCGCAAUGUCUCAAAUGCAAUGGCGUUUUAUAACCAGAUUAAAGUGACAACAACAUAUCUCGGCUAUCGACGGCGACACAAAGUUAAAGGCUUCGGACCAGGAUCUGCGAGUACGACGGUUAUUACUGUUGAAGGUGUGGGUCAAGUUUCGGUAGAGAAAUAUUUUGAACAAGAGUUUGGUAUCCUACUGGAACAUGCAGAUGACCUUCCAGUUGUCAAUGUCGGAACGAAGGAAGACGUUUUUGUGCCUGCCGAAUUGUGCAACAUUGAUCCCGGUCAAUUCUGUUCUGGAGAUAUCCCAAAAGGCGAAACCGCUACGCUAGCUACUCGAAGAGUAUAUAUGAGAGGAGUUGACAAGAACAAGCUUUUUACACAAGGUCUUCAGAUGUUCGGUCUUGAUCGCCCCGAUCAUCCUAUAGCAAUGUUCGGAAUCAAAAUCUCCUGUGAUAUGAUGCGUGUUCCCGCACGAUCCCUACCGUCUCCGAGGGUGUUUUACCUGACGGGGGAAUCGUCAAUUGCUAACGGACGCUGGAACACUCGUAGGAUCCAUCUUUCAAGACCUGCAGAGGUGACCAGACUUUCUGUCUUUGUUGUGCAUAACGAAGAUUUGGAUCACGACCGGAAUGGAGGCGAUAUUAGAUUACGACAUUUAAUCAUCGAUUUCGUAUCCAAAUGUCGUUCCUUCGGUAUGAAACUCGAUACAGCCCUGCCACGCCUGCAUGUCCUGACUUUCCCACACGUGAAGUUAUAUGAUACUUCCAGCUCUGAGGUGCUCGAUGGCAUAGAACAGAAGCUCCGAACCCUAUCUGACAAACCAAAAUUUCUCCUUGCUUUAUUACCAACGAAAGCCUUGCACAUCCAUGCAAAAGUCAGACUGCUCUGCGAUCUCGAUCUCGGUAUACCGUGUCUUUGUGUCUCGGGGCCGGAGCUACUCAAUCCAAAGGGCCGACACCGUCACCUUACCACCCUUGCCCAGAAGCUGAAUAUAAAACUCGGAGGAAUUAAUCAUAUGCUUAGCGAGGGCGCGACACAAUGGUUGAAGAAAACGAUGUUGGUUGGAAUGGAUGUUAUUCAUCCUGAUGGAAAAUCAUUUAAAGGAACACCUUCUAUCGCAGCCGUUGUAGCGAGUCGUGAUAUGGACUUCGUGCAUUAUCCUGCAAGCUUACGCAUUCAAUCGCCUUGCAAAGAGAUAAUCAGAGAUAUAAAGCAAAUGAUAAUCGAACGCAUAGAGGAAUACAGGAAACACACCACCGUUCUGCCUAGACGCGUCGUUGUAUUCCGGGGCGGCGUUUCGGAUGGGCAAAUCAAAGCGGUCCUGGAUUCUGACGUAUCAGGCAUUCGAGAAGCAUUUAGGCACUUUGACGAGGAUUACAGACCCAAAUUGACGUUUAUCAUUUGUAACAAGAGCCGGCGCAUCCAGUUCUACGCAACGAAGGAUGUAAAUGCAAGCACAACACAGCUGGUCAAACCUGGAACAGUCGUCGACAAAGAGGUCACGGGUAUUGGAAAUUUCAACUUCUACCUCUACUCGUCUGCGGUGGCCCAAGACUCGGUUCGUGCUAUGCGGUACAAUGUCUUGGUCGACGACAGCCGAUUCCGAGCGGAUGAUUUUCAACAGGGUAUUUAUAACCUUUGUUAUCUUGCAGCUCCAGCAUCAAGGAGUGUCAGCCUGGUCCCGCCCUUAUAUUGGGCGAAGCGCGCAUGCAAACGGGGCAGACUUUAUCUUCAAGCAGCUUUGCAUUCUACUGAGUUUUCUGAAGAUGGCACCCCAUCUGAGGAGCAGAUCAUGGAGACAGCAGGAGUGUUAUUGGGUAAGGACUAUUGUAUCGAUACGAAGAAUUCGAUGUCUUAUGUAUAA